AAGUUCCGGGUCCCAGUUUCAUUGGUGAGCGGUCGAGGCUGGGCGUGGUGAUUAAGUUUCCGCGGCGCCUUCCCCGGGACUUAGCUCAGUUUGCCACUGCUUGAGCCGCUGAGAGGGUGGGGACGUCGGGGCCAUGGGACUGGGCCGGGUCUUGCUGUUUCUGGCCUGCAUAUUCUCUUUUGCACGUCCGGGAGCCGCUGCUGAGCUCCACAGUCUUCGUUACAAUGUCACGGUGCUGUCCCGGGAUGGAUCUGUGCAGUCAGGGUUUCUCGCCGAGGGACAUCUGGAUGGUCAGCCCUUCCUGCUCUAUGACAGGCAGAAAUGCAGGGCAAGGCCCCAGGGACAGUGGGCAGAAGAUGUCCUGGGAGCUAAGACCUGGGACACAGAGACUGGGGACUUGACAGAGAACGGGAAGGACCUCAGGAUGACCCUGGCUCAUGUCAAGGGCCAGAAAGGAGGCUUGCAUUCCCUCCAGGAGAUUAAGGUCUGUGAGAUCCAUGAAGACAACAGCACCAGGGGCUUGCGGCAUUUCUACUACGAUGGCGAGCUCUUCCUCUCCCAAAACCUGGAGACUCAGAAAUGGACAGCGGCCCAGUCCUCCAGAGCUCAGACCCUGGCUCUGAACAUCAGGAAUUUCUGGAAGGAAGAUACCAUGAAGACCAAGACACACUAUCGCGCUGUGCAGGCAGACUGCCUGAAGAAACUACAGCGAUAUCUAGAAUUCGGGGUGGCCGUCAGGAGAACAGUGCCCCCCAUGGUGAAUGUCACCCACGGCGAGGCCUCAGAGGGCAACAUCACCGUGACAUGCAGGGCUUCCGGCUUCUAUCCCCGGAAUAUCACACUGACCUGGCGUCAGGAUGGGGUGUCUUUGAGCCACGACGCCCAGCAGUGGGGGGAUGUCCUGCCUGAUUGGAAUGGAACCUACCAGACCUGGGUGGCCACCAGAAUUCGCCAAGGAGAGGAGCAGAGGUUCGCCUGCUACAUGGAACACAGCGGGAAUCACAGCACUCACCCUCUGCCCUCUGGGAAAGUGCUGGUGUUUCAGAGUCAAUGGCUAGACAUUCCAUAUGUUCCUGCUGUUGCUGCUGCUGCUGUUGCUGCUACUGCUGCUAUUUUUGUUAUUAUUCUCUAUGUCCUUUGUUGUAAGAAGAAAACAUCAGCUGCAGAGGGUCCAGAGCUCGUGAGUCUGCAGACCCUGGAUCAACACCCGGUUGGGACGGGAGACCACAGGGAUGCCACACAGCUGGGAUUUCAGCCUCUGAUGUCAGCUCCUGGGUCCACUGGCUCCGAUGAGGGUUGUCUAGACUCUACAGACAGGCGGCCGGGAUUCAACUCCCUGCCUGGAUCUCACCAGCACUUUCCCUCUGUUUCCUGACCUAUGAAACAGAGAAAAUAUCAGCACUUAUUUAUUGUUGUUGGAUGCUGCAAAGUGUUAGUAAAUAUGAGGUGUUUGCAGCUGUACCAUAUUAA